AUGGAACAGGCUUUUCUCGAGGAUGUUUUAGAUGGUUCUAGCCUAGUCAUAAAGAACUGUCUGUUUCCGACUCUAAGGAAGAAUGAAGAAGAAAGCCACCAGCCACCACCAUACUCCUACAGGGAGAGACCACCCCCCUCCCCACCUGUACCUGCUGUCAGAACCAGGGAGAGAGCACCAGCUUACCAAGGACCAGCAAAGGAGCUUCUGUCCCCAAAACCUCAGACACCUGCCUACCUGGAACAAGUCCGUGAGCUCAUUAUUCCCCCAGCCAUUUUCGACAAUGAUACCGGUUCUGAAUUUGGAACUGUGACUCCGUCAGUCCAUUCCAGCGACUCCUCUGGUAUAAAAGGGAGACUGGAUAAUGGAAGAAGUCGUGUUGUGGAUGGAAACCCUGAUGAUGUGAUUGACCAGCUAUCUGCCAUGCGAGCCCAGCUGCAGAGUGAACAGAGGAGGGUGCAGAGUCAACUGGACCAUGCUAAGUGGUUACUGUGGCUCAUGGCUUCAAAGUUUGACAGCGUGCCAGUACCCAAACCACAGCCACAGCCGCGCCGAGAGCUUACAGGAGUGGAUAUCUUUGACAUGGCGCGGAACAGAAGCCGUGUUGCUGUCCGUAGGCCGGUCCAUACAGCAGACACCACCGCUGAUCCCAGGAACUUGGAAGACUUCAACGAUCUCAAGCACAGAAAAAACACGGUAUCCCGACAGGAGUUUCGAUCUCGGUACCCUGACGACCCCUACACAAGUCGCGCCCUGGAAGCACAACAGCAUGCCAUGUUACAGCAACAAGAGGAGAAGCUGGGUAAACUCAGACAGGGUGGACUAGCGAGUGAGAUGCCCAACAUGAAUCCCCGUGACUUGGGCCUGCAGAGGGGGGAUGAUCUGAGCAGGAAGUCUUUACUGGAGUCUGAGAGUGCCUUCAUAGAUACCAAUGGAAUCCAAUCAAACUCAGAUCUGAAUGGAGAGGCCACCUUCCCGCCUGACAUGAUAGAUGAACGGAAGGGUCCAACUGCCAGGGAGAGGAGGAGGCAACAGCGCAAGUCACCCUCUCCUCAUCUGCUUGAGAAGGAUGAGCUGAGUUUGGGAGGAGACUCCUACCUGGAGCCCCAGCCAGGCCCAUCAGGCACCCAGCCUGGGAACUUUGGCUCCCUAACCAGCCUGGAUGUGGACAGGGUGGCAGCCAAGAAUGAGGAAAGACUGAGGAGGCUGAAGACCUUACAAGGUGAUGACCAGUCCAUUGGGGACCCAGAUGACAUCCUGCAGAGGUUUAUGAACCAACAGAAGCACAACCGGCCAUCCUCCACCACCACACUGGACACAGAAGCCUGGCUCAGGCCAGGAACUGGCAAUACAUCACUACUGUCCAAAACAUAGCAGCACAUUCAGAUCAGUGGAUACUGAGGCCUGGCUCAGGCCAGGCAGCAACAAUAUAUUAUAACUAUCCAAAAACGUGGCGGCACAAUUUAGGAACACAAAAGUCUAGGUCAGGCAAGGGUCUUGCAACACAUUUGUUAAUGUCCAAACAAAUCGAUUUCCACGUCAAUGCACACAAAAUCUGUAACAUGCCACUGUUAACUUCUCCAAGACUUUGCACCACCUUGAGCACAGAGACUGGCCCCAAACUCAGCAAAGUUGAUGACAUGUUCUUGUGCCUCACUAUUGUUCAGACCAUCACACAACACACAUGCACUGAUGUCAUGUAUAUAUGAUCAAUGGAAUGCCCACCUACAUAGUUGUAAUGAACAAGUGCUUCUUAUUGUACAGAGAAUGUUAAUGUGCUUACUAUGUACAUAGAUAUACAAAGUGAUUGUUCUUGCAUUGAUAUUGUGUGUUGAAUUACUUUCACUGUACUGAUAUUUAACAUGUACUGUACAUCUGUGUCACACUCGUGUGUCUCUUUGAUACUGGUACUAGGUGUAGUAUAAGUAUCAUCACAGGAAAUCAGUUUUAUAAGCUGAUUUAGCAAAGUGUAAACUGUUGCUUUUGUAAGGGACACCAGUGAUCAGGUGGAGUUAGAAGUGUAGUGCAAGAUAUUGUCUCAUUCAGUAGUUGAAACAAUCUUCAUUUAUUUAGUCAAUGAGACAUCAGCUGGAAACUUGGCAACAGUUCCUGAAUGUAUUUAGAAUAAAAGACUGUCACGGUCCUUUGUAUGAUUAUGCUGUAAUUGUAUGACAAAGAAAUGUGAAAUUAUGUUCCUAGUGUUCAGAGAUUAUAUUAUAAAUCAAAAGCCAUAUUUAGUGUUGUGAUUAAUGCUGUUUACUUUGUUUUUGUACAUCUGCUAUCAAGAAUUGAACACCUGCAGUGAAGUGUACCCGGUUAUUUUGGGAUAUUGACACCGUGAUGAUAGACUAUUAACAUUUGUGUUGAAGUGUAACUACAUGGUGUGGUGUUCGUGUUGUAGCAUAAAAUAUUAUAUGUACAUAGGGAGACAUGUAUAUAUUUCACCUACUUCUCUGUAAUCCACUGAUAAGAAAUGGGGACCAAUUGAAGUUUAAUGUACCACAGUGUGGCAGCUAUGGUACUCUGUUUAAUAGCCAGUGGUACCCUGCAGUCAAAUGGUCCACACAAUAUCUGUAGUUGUACCAAUUGCUGCAUAUCCUGUAAAUUAUAUUGCUAUGGAUGUUUUAUUGUAAUGCUCAGAAA